AUGGCUCCAGAACAGGAGGUUGUCUACCUCUUUAUUCCAACUCAGGCUGUCGGGGCCAUCAUCGGCAAGAAGGGCCAGAACAUCAAAAAUCUCGCCCACUUCGCUGGAGCAUCCAUCAAGAUCGCACCAGCCGAAAACCCAGAUGUGCACUUACGGAAGGUCAUCAUUACCGGAUCGCCAGAUGCUCAGUUUAAGGCUCAAGGUCGGAUAUUUGUGAAACUCAAAGAGGAGAAUUUCUUUUCACCAAAGGAGGAAGUCAAACUGGAGACGCAUAUCAAGGUUCCCUCCUCUGCAGCGGGCAGGGUCAUCGGCAAAGGCGGAAAGACGGUAACAGAGCUGCAGAAUCUUACAAGUGCAGAGGUCAUAGUACCGCGGGACCAAACUCCGGACGAGAACGAUGAGGUGUUUGUGAAAAUCAGUGGACAUUUCUAUGCCAGUCAGAGUGCACAGAGGAAGAUCCGCGAGAUCGUUCAGCAGGUCAAACUCCAGGAGCUGAAGCACCAGUCGAGUGGCACGGUGUCACCGCACCACGCUAAGUGA